AGGAAUCUGAGAAAGAACACAGGACGACGCAGAAUUUUCUGGAUCAUUUCAGAAACGACUUUUUGGUGAAGAAAACGGCGACCUUAUUCUGUAUCAUCCCCCAUUGUUACCCUCAGAGACAAUCCAGUCGGAAGACCUAAAGCUGUUUCCUCUCCAUUUCACAACGCUGAUUCUGGGUCUGCAAUGUCUUCGCCUGCCGAAUACUAUAACUCUCUUCCACCUAUAACCAAGGCAUAUGGGACCCUUUGCUUCUUGUUCACGGCAGCCUUUCACUUGGGCUUAUAUAAACUUUACCACAUUGCUUUGAUAUAUGAACUAGUUUUCAAGCAUUUUCAGGUAUGGAGGCUGAUUACAAACUUCUUUUUUCUUGGCCCAUUCUCUAUCAACUUUGGAAUACGGCUUUUAAUGAUAGCGAGAUAUGGAGUCCAGCUGGAGAAGGCAACAUUUGAGAGGAGGACAGCUGAUUUCUUGUGGAUGAUGAUAUUUGGGGCCUUGUCGUUAUUGGCGUUUUCAGUAAUUCCUAUGUUUGGAUCUCCAUUCUUAGGGAUAUCUCUGGUUUUCAUGCUUGUAUAUGUCUGGAGUAGAGAAUUCCCAAAUGCCAAAAUAAACAUAUAUGGCCUUGUGAGCCUUAAGGGAUUUUACUUACCAUGGGCAAUGCUUGCACUAGAUGUAAUUUUUGGUUCCCCUCUCAUGCCAAAUCUGCUGGGAAUUAUUGCAGGUCAUCUGUAUUACUUCUUGACAGUGUUGCAUCCUCUUGCAACUGGAAAGAACAUCCUCAAGACUCCAAUGUGGGUACAUAAACUGGUCAGAAGGUGGGGAGUCGGAGCUCAGCCAAGCAAUCGUGCUGAACCUGACAGGAAUACAGGUGGGCCGUUCAGGGGAAGAUCAUAUCGACUGAGUGGAUGAUUUCAAUGUUCUUGGGGAUAUUUUCCUGUGGUCUCAACCAUCAACCUCACCAUUCCUUUUAAGAUGGUUCCACUUCCAAAAAGGGGAAUGUUCAAUUAACGGUCUAUUAAGAGGGAUGUCUGACAUUAUUUCAGCAAUUUUCAGCGGUUGAAUUUUAUGUUCCAUUUUCCAUGCCUUACCAAGAAACUGAAUACCUAGGAAACAUUUCAAAGUAAACAGUUUUAAGUAGAUGUUAAUGGUUUCCUUCGAAUGAAAUUCAUUUGCUUAAGUGUCAAAUACAAAAUUCUGAGUUAUUGUUGAAUAUUGGUAGUUUCUGAAUGUUUGUGAGAGAAUACUGUCGUAGUCUACGUGUAAUAUCUGACACUUUGUUGUUGUCUUGAGAAAUUCAAUACCUUCAAAAUUCUAAGU